UGCUUGCCACAUUGGUGAUUAGGGGUUGAGGUGGGAAACAGGUGGUAAAAUGGGGUGGAUGAAGUAAGUGCUGCAGAAGCCAGUAAGCUGUUGCUACCGCUACCGCCAACCGAAAGGCUUUAGUGCCCCGGAAGUGGCUUUGACCUGAUGGUUUUGAAGAGGAGGCCGUCCCUCCUACUACGGUGGCCGGGGAGCUCGAGGUACCUGUAGCUGCGGUGCUGAGGUCGGAGCGUCUGGAUGCGUGCGGGCUGCUUUUGUGGGGGUUGCUACUAGAGCUGCAGCAUUUCCCGGGUUGGUGGCCCCUGCACAUUUGUACAGUUCUCCAGUCCUUCUGUUUCGUCAGUGCAAAAGAUUAAACUUCAGAAGAAUGCAAUCAAGUGAUGGCUUUUUCUUUAGAAUUUGAAUAUGGAGGCCACAGGAACAGAUGAAGUUGACAAGCUAAAAACUAAAUUUGUAUCUGCUUGGAACAACAUGAAAUACAGUUGGGUGUUGAAAACAAAGACAUAUUUUAGUAGAAAUUCCCCUGUAUUAUUGCUUGGAAAAUGUUACCAUUUUAAAUAUGAAGAUGAAAAUAAAAUGUUACCUGCAAGAUCAGGAUGUACAAUAGAAGAUCAUGUAAUUGCAGGAAACGUAGAAGAAUUUCGUAAAGAUUUCAUUUCUAGGAUAUGGCUAACCUACAGGGAAGAAUUUCCUCCAAUAAAAGGCUCAGCUUUGACAACAGACUGUGGUUGGGGCUGUACAUUGAGAACUGGCCAGAUGCUGUUGGCUCAAGGACUCAUCCUACACUUUCUUGGUAGAGCUUGGACCUGGCCUGAUGCUUUGAAUAUUGAAAAUUCAGACUCUGAAUCAUGGACUUCCCACACUGUAAAAAAAUUUACUGCAUCAUUUGAAGCAUCGCUUUCAGGGGAAACAGAACUCAAAACCCCAACGAUUUCUCUGAAGGAAACAAUCGAGAAAUAUUCUGAUCAUGAAAUGGGAAAUGAAAUUUAUCACAGGAAAAUCAUCUCUUGGUUUGGUGAUUACCCCUUGGCUCUCUUUGGCUUACAUCAACUAAUAGAAUAUGGAAAGAAGUCUGGGAAAAAAGCUGGAGAUUGGUAUGGACCAGCUGUGGUUGCUCACAUUUUAAGAAAAGCAGUUGAAGAAGCAAGACACCCUGAUUUACAAGGAAUAACUGUUUAUGUUGCACAAGAUUGUACAGUUUACAAUUAUGAUGUAAUUGAUAAACAGAACACUUCCAUGACCUCUGAUAAUGCAGACGACAAAGCUGUUAUUAUUCUAGUUCCUGUUAGACUUGGUGGAGAAAGAACCAACACCGACUACUUAGAGUUUGUAAAGGGUAUUUUAAGCCUUGAAUAUUGUGUGGGUAUUAUUGGUGGUAAACCUAAACAGUCAUAUUAUUUUGCUGGAUUUCAAGAUGACAGUUUGAUUUACAUGGAUCCUCAUUACUGCCAGUCUUUUGUAGAUGUCAGCAUAAAGGAUUUUCCUCUUGAGACAUUCCACUGCCCUUCUCCCAAAAAGAUGUCGUUUCGAAAAAUGGAUCCUAGCUGUACAAUAGGACUUUACUGUCGAAACGUUCAGGACUUCGAACGAGUUUCUGAAGAAAUCACUAAGAUGCUGAAAAUUUCUUCUAAAGAGAAAUAUCCCUUAUUUACUUUUGUAAAUGGUCAUUCCAGAGACUAUGAUUUUACAUCUACUACAACCAGUGAAGAAGACCUUUUCUCAGAGGAUGAAAAGAAAAGAUUAAAAAGAUUUAGUACGGAAGAGUUUGUCUUGCUUUAAAGAUUAGCACAUUUGUGCUUGAUGAGAAGAACUCCUUUGAAAUGGAAAAAGUGAAGAGAAACAAAUAUACUUGAAACUGGUUUUAUUUUCACAAAUAAGUUAAUUUUAUAUGUUCUUUAAAAAAAGAAAAUUUGAAAAUACACCAUUUUAAGGAUAUUUUUCUGAAAGAGAAAUGAUUUAAUGAAUCUUACCCUAAUGAAUAUUGAGUGAUUCUGGUUGCAUUCCUGUUUCCCUAAGAUCUGCUGAUGAUAACUCUGCCAUGACUGUAAGCCUUUUAGUCUUCAAAGUCUUCCACCUGAGCCCAUGAGUCUCCUCAAGGUUUUGUAAUAUAGGUCCCUGCCAAAGACUGGGAUUACCAAAUAGUUUUGAAAUCUUCAGUUUGUACUAAUGACCAGAGACUAGAGAAUGAAUCUUAAAUGCUGUCUAGCCUCCUGCUGUUAAUGCAAUUAAAGGAUACUUUUGGAUUUAUCUUGAUAAUUAAAUAGUAUUUGUAAGCUGCGAUAUGUGUAUAAUUAUAUAAGCAGAAUUGUGAGUUAAAGUAAUACUUAGCUGUGAUUUUAUAAUGGCUUGCUGUUGAACCUUCUAUGAGGAGUGAAUAUGAAGUAUUUGUUUUCCCCACAAAUUGAAAGGUUAUGUUAUUAAUUCUUAACUGCAUCUAAUCAAAUCAGGUAAAGGCAAUUAUAAAAUAGUGGUAGUGUUGUUUCCUAUCUCAAAAAUGAAAUUUUAUGGGAACUCAAUUUAUUAUGCAGUUUUGAAAUCUAAAUAUAAGUACCAAGAAAGAUAUCAAUAGAUGCUCCUCUAUAGGAUUUUCACUAUCUGUAUAAAGCAGUGUAGUGGUGUUUAGAAGUUGAGGCCAUCUAUAAGGAAUUUGCCUUAAGUGUAUUAUGUGUUACUUAAAGGCAAAUUUGCAGUAUAAAAGUUCAAGAGUUAUUAUUGAGCCAAGAUUAUAAAAUAAAUACUUUAAUAAAGUUAUGAGAAGAUGAACUGCCUUUGUUUUGGUUUUAAUGUUGGGAUUAUUUUAAUCCUUUUAUUUGAAAAAUCAUUGUCUCAAAUGAAUUCUGUUUAUUUAUAAUGAAGGCAAAUGAUGUUCCUCUGAAA